GUAAAUUUAUAAACUUCUUUUAUAUAUAUAAAUAUAAAGCCAACAUUUUAUAAAGUUAGAAGAAAAUGUCUGAAUAUUGUCCCGUUUAUGCACCUUUCUUUGGCACCAUGGGCUGUGCUGCUGCCAUUGUCUUUAGCUGUUUAGGAGCUGCUUAUGGAACUGCCAAAUCAGGUGUUGGUCUCUCUGCCAUGGGUGUCUUGCGUCCCGAUUUACUCGUGAAGUGUAUUGUCCCUGUUGUCAUGGCUGGUAUCUUGGGUAUUUAUGGUGUUGUCGUCUCUGUCUUGUUAUCUGGUGGCCUUGCUAUGAAACAAACCCUCUUUAGCGGUUUUGUUCAAAUGGCUGCUGGUCUUUCUGUUGGUCUCUCUUGUUUAGCGGCUGGUAUUGCUAUUGGUAUUACAGGUGAUGCUGGUGUUCGUGCAACAGCACAACAACCCAGAAUGUUUGUUGGCAUGAUCUUAAUCUUGAUUUUCGCUGAAGUCUUGGGUCUUUAUGGUCUUAUUGUCGCCUUGAUUCUCAACACAAAAGCCUCUGGUACUGAAAGCGUGUGCAACUAAUUAAUAUACAAUAAAAACAUACCUUCUUUUUAUACAUUU